CAUCAACUUCACCCACCCCAAUCUGCUACAGGCCAUCGGUCAAUUCUCAACCCUUGAAAUCCCAUGCAAAUUCGUACAUCGACGUACCCUAUCGCUCUCUCUUCUCCGCUAUAAACUGCUCCUAUACAUAUCCCACGAGCACGUGUCGAGUCCCUAACGAUGGCGUCUCAAAAGCCCCAAGACCCCUUGGAUGUCCUUCAGCUCAUGGUGAACGAUGUGCUCGUUCAAACCGGCAAAGCACUUCGUGCCUCUCGCAAAGAUGGCCAGGGAAAUGUAGCCCAGGUCCAUGGCUCUCUUCAAUCUAAGCUGCCAGACACCAUCCGCACCUUUCAUUCCGCCUUGGAUGAUCUUGAGCACGAUAUUAUUAGAGCCAAAUCAGUUCUGCUCCGCGACAUCACGCAAAUACAGGAGCGGAAACAACAACAGCAGCAGCAGCAGCAACAGGCACAGCAGCAGCAACAAGAGCAUCAGCAUCAGCAAGAACAGUCACAGCACAAGCACAAAUUUCAGGAGUCGCAAGUGCAACCGCCCCAACCACUACAACAGCCACAACCACAGCCCGUAGAGUCUCAGUCCAAGGAGCCAAUGGUGAUUGAUUUAGACUCAUCUCCACCCCCCAAUAAUCAACCCAUGACAGAGACCAAGGCGACAAAGCCAGUUGCACCAUUCCCAGAUAUGGGUAUGGGACUUCCUGACAUGAACGACACCGACCUGGUAAUAAAGGACGAAGCCCCGCCUUCCAUUCCAGCACCUGUCCCCGAGAUGGCCAACAUCAAACCCGAACCUACUAUCUCCCCUGCCCCAAUGGCGCCUAUGCCCAACAUGGACGAGAAGCCAGUGGACAUCAACAUGGAUAUUUCUAGCGGAGACAUGGCCGACCCAGAACUGAACUUCACAAACAUGGAGUUUACCCUCGCUCCAACGAAUAACGACACUCAAAACCUGCCCACCUCCCAAGAACCAUCAUUCGACCUGACAACCUUCGCGCCCACUGACGGUGGUGACGAUCUCCUGGGACUUGACAACCUCUUGCCACCCAAUCCCAGUGAGCAGGCGAAUGUCAACCCUGUUUCCCAAAUCCCUGUUCCAGAAAAUGCAAUCAAGCCUGAAAACUCGGAGAAUCUAGACGUUUCGACAAAUACGAUGAGCUUGACAAAUACAGGGGUGCAAGAAAGCACAGGUGCCAAAAAAGAGGAAAACGCAGACUCGACGUUUGACGAACUGAUGUUCAUGGAUACGGAUAACAACUUUGGGGGUGGAGGUGGUGGGCUCGGCGAGGACACAUUUGAGGAUCUGAUGGAUAGUCGUGAUGACACAUCAUUCGAUCUGAUGGAGCAUGGUGAUUUCGAUGCCUCCUACUUUGGUCUUGAUCUUGACGAGGCAUGAACGAUGAGCUAAAAGGACGGGGCUGCGACUCUCUCCGGCAUCUCCAAAAUACCACGACAAAAGAAAUUAUGAUACCACGGUUGCGCACCUUUCAAUGCAAAAAUGGUGUUUGGGUAUUUGCUUUUGGACUUUACAGAUGGUUCUUUGCGCUGAGGGCGGAUAACUACGAUAUCAUGUUGACAGCACAAAGCAUGAGCAAGGGAAUCCAGGUAGUAGUCAGCGAGAGCUCCAAUUUCACGGGCAUAGUCCAGGAUAGAUCGUAUAUAGGACAACUUCACCCAAGUAACAACGCGUAAAUCGAACCAUCGCAUGA